GGGCAAUCUUCUCUAUUGAUUAAUUCCAAUCCAAACUCGAUAAUUAAACCUCCGAACUGUGAGAUUGAUCAUUGGUAGAUUCUAUGGUACCCUUAAGGUACCAUACUUUUGUCCACAUGGACCAAUCAGAAUGAUGUAGUUGAAUCAUAAUAAAAAUUCAAACUAGCCCUAUAGUAAAUACGAGUACUUAACUACUUAUUAUUAGAAGAGCAAAACCUAGCCUCCCCUAAUCCCAACGAAAUACGAGCUCUGCUAGUAAUAAUUGGAAUCCAGCAUGGAGUCUCCAAUGGAAGAACGCCGUCGUCUUCCGUGUCAUGAUUUUCUGUGUGAUGCUGUUGUACCAAUAUUGUUAGCAACAUCCGCACUGGCGAUCCUCGUUAUUUUCUAUCUCCACGAUUCGAACAUACCGUCGCCUCCAAAACUAUGCAUCUAUGACUUCACGCUUUCACCUAAAUUCGCCGCCACCGCUGCCGCCGUCAACAGCAACAGUACUUCCGCAUCACCGCCGCUCACGGCCAACUGCACCAUUACUUUCGCUUUCGACAACAACAAUGUGGGCGACGGUAAGUAUUAUUCUAGGGUAGAUCAGUACGAUGAGAUGGAGGUAUCGGUGGUCUGGGCCGGCCAGAACCAGACGUUAAUGCGGGCCCACCCGGGACCCUUCUCACAGGGUAGCCUUGAACAAAAGCCGGUGUUGCUGGCGGCCACCGAUUCCGUUGUGCCGUCGGAUCUGAAAUCGGCGGCGGUUUACACGUUCUCAAUUGACCUGAAAAGUAGGGUUAAAGAAGAUCCCGGAGACAGCCACGAGGAUGUGUUUUACAUCAAGGCAACCUGCGAGGAAGUACGGAUUGGGUUUGGGUCAAUGGAAGGCAUUGACCGUGUUGCGAGGAUGUUAGAUGGACCUCAGAUGUGUAGGGUUGUGCAAUCGAAGUCUAGCUUCAAUCUUGGAUCAUAGGAAGGUUUCAAAGACCUACUCCGAUCUAGCCGUAUUUGAGUUGUUUUUAAAUUCUGGAUUGAUUUGAAAGGAUUUACUGGGGUUUUGAGUUUCUAUCUUUUUUUUUUGUGAAAAGUAAAAAUAAUAAUGUACAUUUAAAUAAUUGAAGAAUUGGUUCUUUCUCCUGUUCA